AUGAAGUUGAAGAUCAACAAGGCCUCCGAUCUCAACUCCAUCUCGGUCUUUCCUCCUCAAGCGAGGAGAAACAAUGGUGUACCUUAUGCACCUGGAACGCAAACAUCACAGCUACGAUCACAGGCGUCACAGCAAUCAAUGUCUCAGGGGUUCUCUUCUCAACACGGCACGUUGUCUCAGAUCUCUCAAACCUCGCUGGAUGAGGCUCUGAUAAAUGAUCAGAGAUCUCAAGAACGAGAGAACCCUGUGAAGAAGACAUUUUGCUUGCCCCCAACCUCUCACACCCGUGAAGAGAGUCAAAUGCAUAUAUCAAGAUCUUCCACCAACCUAAUGCGCAAAUGGGGUUCUACUUCUCUUUCAGAGAAUAGAUGUCAGACUAGUGAAGAACUUGAACACCGAAUUGGAUUAAUGGAAACUUCAUUGAAUAGGUUUGGAAUGAUUCUAGAUUCUGUUCAGAGCGAUGUCAUUCAAGUGAACAAAGGGACAAAGGAAGUUUUAAUGGAAACUGUUGGAAUACGGCAAAAAUUGGUGGUUCAAGAGAACUCGCUGCAGUUGAUGAGCAAGGAACAAGAAGAUAUGAAAGCUAGCCUUGAUGGGGGCUUCAAAUCUAUAUUCGAACAAGUGAACAAGCAUACAUAUCAAGACAAGUUUCAGGAGAUUUUGUCCGUGCUUUCAGCCUUACCAGAGAAGUUAGAAGCAUCACCAGAGAAGUUAGAAGCAUCUAUACAGAAAUCACGCACUGAGCUUCAUAACUCUUUCACCAAGGACAUACAGGCAAGUGCUUGCAGCCUGAGGAUCCCUAAGCGGAAAGACCAAGUGCCAUCUAUUCUUCCACCCAAGGUUAAUAGCAGUUAUUCCGCUCCAGAAGAAAAGCCACAGCCGAUUACUGAGUAUGUUAUAUCAGGCUCAUUUCCUUCAGUAUUUCAGGAGAUUAAAAAUCCUUUUACUGAUUUCAGUUCAGCCGUGCCUCCAAAGGUUUGUGUACAAGCAACUGUAGUUCCCAAGAUAGAAACGGGAGGCUGGAAAUCAGUAAAAUCAGGCAAAUCUGCUUCCACACAUAAGGCGUCCAACAAGGUUCCUAACCAAAAAGGAGUUUCUUCCAUCCAGAAGGAAAUUGGAAGAGAAUGCAGAGUUAUCAUUGAAUCGGACGAGGAGAUUGAUGGAGUUUUUUCCUGCUUGCUCAAAGAGAAUAAACCAGAUUUAGGUAACUAUUUGAUUGAUGAGGUAGAGGAAGAAACAAAAAGGAUUUUGAGGAAAGCAAGGAGGCGAAAGAGACAAUGCUGUAAUACCAUAAUUAUAAAUUGAAGGUACAACUUCACAAGUAUCUCAUCAAGUGUAAAAGAUCCUCCACAAUGCAAUCAGGAUUGCAAAUGCUUUUUUGGUACGUUUCCGUUGCCAUGCUUAAAUGACAAUUUUACUUUUUUUC